GCAUCACACUGAUCUGUAGUUUUGGACGUGGCACAAAUUCACCAAGUAUUUAGUGAGUAAUGGUGAAUAAACGCGCCCCCUGUGGGCGGAGCAUGAGGCGUUCAGGUGACGAGAGAGAGAGAGAGAGAGAGAGAGAGAGAGAGAGAGUUUGCUGCUAACGGUUUAUCCAGCUGACAGCGACACAGAGGAAACAUUUUAUCCUCCUUGUUACGGAAAAGCGAAGUGUAGUUGCACAAUACUGGUUGGGAGGGAAAAUAAACACAGAUCAGCAUUAUGUUCAGCUGGGUGAACAAGGAACAGGGUGGAAGAAACAAGGACGGCGACAUGUUUCAAACGGUGACCGAAGGACUUCAGAGUCUCUAUACUAAAAAAUUACUGCCUUUAGAAGAUGCUUACCUUUUCCAUGACUUCCACUCACCUGCCCUGGAAGAAGCGGAUUUUCAGAGCAAACCAAUGGUCCUGUUAGUGGGUCAGUACUCCACAGGAAAGACCACUUUCAUAAGGUAUUUGCUGGAGCAGGAUUUUCCUGGUAUGCGGAUCGGGCCUGAGCCGACGACAGACGGCUUCAUUGCUGUGAUGUAUGGGGAGAGCGAAGGAGUUGUACCUGGAAAUGCGCUGGUGGUGGACCCCAGGAAACCCUUCCGGAAACUCAAUGCUUUUGGAAACGCUUUUCUGAACAGGUUCAUCUGCUCUCAGGUCCCCAACCAAGUCUUGCAGAGCAUUAGCAUCAUUGACACACCGGGCAUCUUGUCUGGGGAAAAACAGCGUAUUAGCAGAGGCUACGAUUUCUCUGAAGUUCUGCGAUGGUUUGGUGAGCGCGUGGAUCGCAUCAUCCUCCUCUUUGAUGCCCACAAGCUGGAUAUCUCUGACGAGUUCUCGGAGGCUAUCAAGGCCUUCCGUGGACAGGACGACAAGAUCCGGGUGGUUCUUAACAAGGCUGACCAGGUGGACACACAACAGCUGAUGCGUGUCUAUGGGGCCCUGAUGUGGUCUCUGGGCAAAGUUAUCAACACUCCAGAGGUGGUGAGGGUGUACUUGGGGUCCUUCUGGGCGAAGCCCCUGCAGAACACGGAGAACCGCCGACUCUUUGAAGCUGAAGCACAGGACCUCUUCCGGGACAUCCAGGGCCUGCCACGGAACGCUGCCCUGCGCAAGCUCAAUGACCUCAUCAAAAGAGCCAGGCUUGCCAAGGUGCAUGCUUAUAUCAUCAGCUAUUUGAAAAAGGAGAUGCCUUCUCUGUUUGGAAAAGAAAAGAAGAAGGAAGAGUUGAUUGCACACUUACCCGAGAUCUAUCAAAUGCUGCAAAGAGAGCACCACAUCUCACCUGGAGAUUUCCCCAAUGUCAACAAGAUGCAGGAUCAACUUGUGCACUAUGACUUCAGCAAGUUCCCUUCCCUGAAAAUGAAGCUGAUUGAAUCAGUGGACAAGAUGCUAAGCAACAAGAUUGCACAGCUGAUGAACAUGAUCCGGGAGGAGGAAGGCAAGCAUCCAGUUCAGAUUGUGAUGGGUGGGGCCUUCCAAGGCUCUGAGGAUGGACCCUUCGGACAUGGCUACGGCGAGGGCAUUAGUGCUGGAGCGGAUACUGAAGACUGGAUUGUAAGUCGUGACAAGCCACAGUACGAUGAGAUCUUCUACACUCUGAUGCCCAUCAAUGGCAAAGUGACCGGUGUCAACGCCAAGAAGGAGAUGAUGAGCUCACGCCUGCCCAACACUGUGCUCGGAAAGAUCUGGAAGCUGGCCGAUUGUGACAAAGAUGGCAUGCUGGACGAUGAGGAGUUUGCCCUGGCUCAGUAUCUCAUAAAGGUCAAACUGGAGGGCUAUGAACUGCCUUCAGAGUUACCGCCUCACCUGGUGCCCCCUGGCCACAGGAAGAACCCCACUGCAGACAUCUUGUACAACCACCAGGACGACUAAGACCCUGAAUUGACCAGAGCACAAACACAGCUAUUCCUAUAUAAACAUUAGUCAACAAAUUACAGUCUCAAAGAGGAUUCAACCAAAUGCUAAUUUGGAUAACAAUAAAUUUUACAGCAAAUUUGACUUUAUAAUGUUUGUGCUGUUAAGACAGAUAAGUACAUAGUUUAAUGUUAUUCUUAACAUGCGUACCACCUGACCACAUCACAAAAGGUAUUGACUUUUUAAAAGGAUGAUCUUAGACUUUGGUAGAGAGCAGUCUGCUUUUGACAAUACACACGCUACACAUACAGUUCACACAGAGACCAACAACAAUCUUACAGAUUAAAUAUUACAAUUCUUGAGUGAGGUACCAAAGCUGCAGCCAAAGUAAACCAUCCAGCAAACCAAAAAGCCGUGUAUCUGGGAUACCGUAUUUAAGUACAUUACAUGCACACACAAUAAUGUCAAAGGUAUUUGGACACGUUCAUCACACUCAUAUGUGGGUCUUCCCCAAACUGUUGACAUGAAGUUGAAAUAAUACAAAUGUAUAGGAUUUGUAUGCUGUAGCAUUUAUAGGUCUUAGCAUUCAAAUUUUCCAGCACUUGAACUAAGAGCCCAAACCUAUUCUCACAUAAGGUCUGUAAAGACAUGGCGGAAGAAUUGAGUGGUCUGCACUGAGCCUUUUCUUCAACCCUACUGAACAUGAUGUAAUUGUACUCUUGUGGCUGAAUGGGUACAAAUCCCAACAUUCAUGGUCCAAAUUCUAAUAAAAGGUCUUCUUAAAAUUCUCCUUAUUAAUGCCUAUUGUUUAGAAUAAGAUGUUUAAUAGUGAGGUGUUCACAUACAUAUGGCUAUAUACUAAGUGUAUUUUUAUUGAUGGUGCCAAGUCAUCAAGCAUACAAGAGUUAAAGGGAUGGUUUAUUGAUAGAUACUGUGUUAUAGAGACAUCUGCAGAUCUAGCACAUAGUCUAGGUAACAUGAAAUAUCAUUUGAAUCUUAAUGGCAAACCGUUCGUAAUAUAUUACAAUUAGACACCGGCCUUUAAUUCAGCAAAGUUGCGUAGAAACGUGUAAAGCGAGAAGAAAGAACAAAUCUGCAUCCGUAUCCGUCAAUAAUCCUUUAUGUGGAUGUGAUGCAGUGAUGUGAACAUAACUGAUGAGUCAGCUACUAAUCCCUUAUUUGCAUCAUAUCCAUAUGAAAGCCAAUUUAUAAUUCUAUACAUCUCAUUGACAUGCAACAUGCUAUAUUUUUUGCUGUUAUGGCAUUAUUUAUUUAUUUAUUUGAUGUCUCAAACUGAUCCGAGUUAACUGAAGUCAGAAAUAAAUGAAUGGAAUGAUUCAAGCACUGAAAAUUAGGCUACUAAAAGAAAUCUAAUUGCAUCUAGUAUGUUUUCGUGUUGAGUGAAAAUUUUGCAAUAAACCAACAAAAACAUCAGAAUAUCCAGGUUUACAUAUCUGCCCUACACUCCACAUCCCGAUCAGAGCGUUCUUAAUUGUCACAUUACUCCUAGGCUGUAAAUCUCCGCACAAAACGGAGGAAUUUUACCGUACAUAACUUUGAUAAAUAAGGACCAAAGUAUUCAUUUUUUAUUAGUUCAUCUCAAGGUUUUAAUCAGUAGGCUUAAAUUCUGGAACCGUUGGUCAUUAUACACAUUAAUGUGUAUUUUUUUACCAACCACUAUAAAAACAUUCUUGUUCAAUUUUAAUGCUAAUAAUCAGUUGCUACUGAGACAUCAGCUCAUGCUUGUUGGUCCAGGUGAAGGAAAAUAAAUUGUGCUGGAAAAUAAAUAUUAUAAUGGAAAUUGAAUCACCUUUAAUGUAUAUAAAGAUCAAAAUAUAUUCAUCUACACAUUAAAAAAGCAAACUGCACUGCAAAUUGUUUCUUGUUGAUGUUAGUGUAAUAUUUGGCCUCUUUACUGUAUCUCAGUGGGUCAUAUUUGCUUCAGUGUCUCAUGAGAAAUGAGUGUGAUUUGUACAUUUAACAGGAUAAUUGUACAACGCUAACUGGUUCUCAUCUUCAUUUAAUGCAAGUCUGUAUCUGUUACACAGUUUUGUUGUUGUUAUAAUUCCCUCCAGUGUUACAUCACCCCAGAUGCUCAGUGCACAUAGAGUGUGUGCACUCAGUGUUAUAGAGUUACACCCGGCUUAGUCUGUAGCUCCAAAACAUUCUUAUUCACAGUAAUCCCUCGGCACAGCAGUGCCCAAUUGUACACGAAUACAUAUUGUAUUUUUACAGUAUUUUUCAAAUAAUUGUCUUUGACUGACUAGUUCUCUUUGCAGUCUGUGUUUAUGAAGAGAUGAGCUCUUUGAGGACACAGAAAAAAAUGUGUAUUCCAGCUGUUAACAUCACUGUCUUCAUGCUUCAUUUAUUUGUGAGUUUUUCAGUUUUAAGUAAACAGAUUCAGUCUGUAGUGAGAUAUUGACACAUAAAGAGAGUCUCGUGUACUCACUAACCAUUAAAUGUUUAUUAUCAGCACUUAGCAGUUUAUUAUCACUAAAUGGAUAACUUUUGAUAAUCGGUCAUAAAUAUUUAGUUUGUAAUAAUGUGCCUAUGCAACCUGAUUAGUGUAUUGUGUAUUUCUCUACAAAUGACUAGAAAUACAGUAAUUAUACUUGUUUUUUUAUUUUGUUUUUUAAUGAUUUUAACCAAAAUUACUGUGAUUCUUUACUGUGAGUGUUGUCUCUUUUUAAAUACUAUUCAUGUUAGUUUAUUCUUCUAAUACUGGCAUUUUAAUAUCGAGCACAUCCCUGAAUGUAAAGAAAUACCAUUUAUAUACUCCUUUUUGAAAUAAAAGAAUAUUUGGAUUAA